UGUCCCUCUAGAUGGAGUCUCCGGUCUCCACCCCUGCUCCUCCUCCUCCUGUUCCUCCUCCUCCUCCUCUUCUCCACCUCCUCGCUCCCGUCCCCGUCAGCGACAUCUCGUCUCCCUGCGAGCAGCUCAUGGUUCGCACGCGCUCAGUAGCGGUGAACACGGCGGACGCGGCGCUGGGGACGGAGCCGGAGUGCCUGGGACCCUGUGAGCCAGGCACUAGUGUCAACCUGGAGGGCAUCGUGUGGCAGGAGACGGAGGACGGCAUGUUGGUUGUUAAUGUCACCUGGAGGAACAAGACCUACGUGGGAACCCUGCUGGACUGCACCCGGCACGACUGGGCCCCCCCUAGGUUCUGCGAGUCUCCCACCAGCGACGUGGAGAUGCGGAGCGGCCGCGGUCGGGGAAAGAGGAUGCGUCCCAGCAGCAACACGCCGCUGAACGACAACAGCAACUCCUCGGACAACAGGGGCAGCGGCGGAGGUGGAGGUGGAGGUAAGACGCGCGGCGCCGCUGCCGCCAACAGCAAAGGACGGAGAGGCAGCCAGACGGCCACCGGCGGUGCCACUGAGGACGCCAAGGCCAGCCCGUCCUCCGCCAAGAGGAAGACCAAGCCGGCCUCCGACAUGGAGCCCACCUCCAGCUCGGAGGACACCAAGGCCUCGAAGCGAAUGAGAACCGACUCCACCGGCGCCGACCCGCUGCCCCCCCCGCAGCUGGACCGGACCUGCCCCUCCCCCGUGCUCAUCGACUGCCCUCACCCCAACUGCAACAAGAAGUACAAGCACAUCAACGGGCUCAAGUACCACCAGGCGCGAGCCCACAACGACCACGACGACGUCAGACUGGACCAGGAUGGCGACAGCGAGUACGGAGACGACCCGGCCUCGUCCUGCAACGGCGCCGCCUCCAUCUCCCCUGCCCGCUCCACCACGCCCAAAGGUCGGGGGUUUGACGCCCCGUCGCCCUCGCCAGGGAAGCUGACGACGUCCAAAGGGAAGAAGAAGGCGGGGGAGGCCGAGCCCGAGGUGACGGACGGCGGCGAGGAUGCGGCGUGUUUGACGGACGAGGCCAGCAACGACGGGAUGGACGACAGGAAGUCGAAGAAGAUGGCAGCGGCUGGAGGCAAAGCCGAUAAACCGACCCAGAAAGGCAUGAAGCCGGGACGUCCCAGCGCCCCGUCAUCUUACGCCCCGUCACCUUACGCCCUCCAGGCGUCCUCCCCCGCCGUGGGCUCAGUGGUACAGCCCAUCCCCAAGAGCCCCCAGAUGAAGAACCAGUCCAAACAGCCUCCUCUGGCGGACCCCGCCUGCAGCCCCACCCUCGCCAAGGACAAGAAGAAGAAGGACAAGAAGAAGAGGGAGGCAGGGAAGGACGGGGACAGUCCGAAGGGUAAAGGGGGAGGGAGGCCAGAGGAGGGGAGGAGCCCAUACUCGGAUACGUCCGACGCUUUGCUCAACGGCUCCUCGGAAGCCCACCAGAGCCGGCUGGCCAGCAUCAAGGCAGAGGCCGACAAGGUGUACAGCUUCUCGGACAACGCGCCCAGCCCAUCCAUCGGCGUGGGCAGCAGGAUGGAGGCCGGCCACGUCAACCAGAAUGGGGGCGAAACCGGCAGCCCCGCCUACUCCGACAUCUCCGACGCCGGGGAGGACGGAGAGGGGAGGGUCAAAACCGAACCCGACCAGGGGCCUCGUGAGGGGGCCAAAAAGAACCUGUUUCCUCCUCAGGCUCCCAGUAAGGAAUCACCAUACUACCCCAACUACGACUCCUACUACUCGCCCAGUUACCCCAACCCGAGCCCGGGAGCGGCACCGGCGGCAGCGCCGCCUCACGUGGAAGGAGCUCAGGUGAAGGUGAAAAAGGAGGAGGAGGAGGAGGAGGAGGAGCCGGAGGUCGGCGAGGAGGAGGAGGAGGAGGAGGAGGAGGUGGUAGUCAAGCUGAAGGUGGAGCCUCAGGAGGAGAGGAAGGUGGACCCGGGGCCUCAGCAGCAGCAGCAGCAGCCGUCGGUCAUCCAGCAGCGCUCCAACAUGUACGCCCAGCCGCUCUACUACAACCAGUACUACGUGCCCCCUUACUCGUACUCCCCAGACCAGGCCUACCACGCCCACCUGCUGGCCUCUAACCCCGCCUACCGCCAGCAGUACGAGGACAGGCAGCGGCUGGUGGACAAGAAGGCCGAGGGCAAAGAGCGGGAGGCCUGCGGGAAAGAGGAGUGGAGGCAGAAAGCCUUGGUGCCGCCCAACCUGUCCAGAGCCCCCAGCUUAACCGACCUGGGGGGCGCCAAGGGGGCGGGGGGAAUGAACCCGACCAAGCCCAAAGAGCCACUGCCAUCGGCCGCGGAGCAGUCCAAGUCGGUCAUCAUGGCGAAGGGGGAGGAGCAGAAGGCUGCCGCCGCCGCCACGGCACAGCCCGAGGGUCUGAAGAUGAAGCUGAGUGAAGUAGGGCAUCAUGGGAAAGAGGAGGCCAAGCCAGGGGUUGAGCCAGGCAGGCCGGCAGGUGUAGAGCCCGCCAUGUGGUACAGACAGGAGCCAGACUCCCGCCUGUGGCCCUACGUUUACCCCAACAAGUACUCCGACGCCCCCAAACCUCAGGAGGAGGACCGGUGGAAGGAGGAGCGCGACAGGAAGGUGAAGGAGGAGCGGCCGCGGCCCAAAGAGGAGGCCAAGGAGGGGGGAUCGGAGGGCAGGACUCAGCUGCCUCCUCUUCUGGAGGAGCAGCAGCAGCAUCAGCGGGUGGGAGUGAAGGAGGCGCGUCACGCUCCUCCUCACAUGCAGCAGUUCUCCUCCCCCCCCCUGGCCCAGCACCACCAGGGCUACAUGCCCUACAUGCACGGACCAUACGCCUACGGACACGCCUACGAGCCCAGCCACCCGGGCUACCGGGGCAUGCCCUCCGUCAUGAUGCAGAACUACCCCGGCUCCUACCUGCCGGCCGGUUACUCCUUCCCCUCGUACGGGGGUAAGGUGGAGGAGGUGGUGGAGAAGCCCUCCAGGUCCAGUCCCACAGUGAAGCCGCCCGGUGAAGCCAAAGCUCUGGAACUGCUGCAGCAGCACGCCAGCCAGUACAAGAGCAAGUCCCCGUCCAUCCAGGACAACAAGACCCCCCACGAGAGGGACCGGGACCGGGACAGAGACCGAGAGGGGGACCGGCCGCGGUCCUCUCCGUCCCAACGCAUGCUGCCUUCACAUCACCACCUGGGCUACCCGCUGCUGUCGGGACAAUACGACCUGUCCUACGCCUCAGGUGAGACUGUGAGACACUGCGAGACGUCAGUCUGUCCAGAUAACAGAAGAACAUCACGUCCACUUAAUUACACCCGAGUGUGAUUUCACACAAUCUAAAAGUGUCGGUUCAAGUCAACAGUGAAGAACAUUUCUCUCUCUCUGUCUCUCUGUCUGUCUCUCUCUCUGUCUCUGUC